ACUGCAGGCUCCUGCCGGUACAUUAUGACACCGUUGUGCGCACUCAGCCACCGGAUGAGCAAUUCCGCGGUCAUGCUCUCGACUAGCAGUCUUUAGCGAGGGAAACCCGCAAUUUUAUUUCCCACGAUAUCUCACAUUAUACCCAUUGAGAGUAAUCAUUAGCAGUCCGGUUCCCUCGCUGGACGCUGAGCGGACAGAACAAAACGCAACGGCGACGUCCAGGCGUUGAAUCCGGUGACUCAACAAUGGAUUCCUCGCCCUCUGGGACCCCGACCCGGCAGCCCGCCCCAGAAACCCCAACCCCUCCCCAGACGCAGGAUUUUGCGCGUCACACAUCGUUCCUCUCGUCGGGGAUCGUCACCCCUAGUCCAAGCACUCGAACAGACGUCCCUCUGUUGCCGACCAACUACCCCGUCCCACCCGUACCCGGCAACCACGAAAAGCACGCGCCAAAACCACACUGGAGGCGGUUUCUGACGAGUGUCAACGAGUUCUUGCUGGGGAAGGAAAAGGCAUCGGUGUAUUGGUAUGCAAGUCUCACGUCGGUCCUCGCUGCCCUAGUUGUCACGGGCUCGAGCAUCUUCGGCUGGCCGCCGCUGCCCAUCUGGGAGUACCUUCGACACGCGACGGGCUGACGACGGGAUGGCGAAGGCUCUUGCGCAAAGGACUGAAGAUGAAGGAUGUGCCGGAAGGGAUGUCAGCGGGAUGACGGUAUCGGAAGCGCGGUGUUGGCGAUUGGAGUGAGCUAGAGGGGGGAACACCAUGGGUCAUCACGG